CACGUUAUUGUGAUCACCCAUUAACCCUUCUACGUCAAAGCUGAACGGCUUUAUGUGACGUCUGUAUUGGUUCCUGAUACAAACUAAAUGACCAAGGCCGUAAUACUGGUAUGAAUAGAAGCAUCUUAGCUGACAGGAUCAUUACAGUUUAUAAAGUUCUAACAAUAUGAUGUGUUCAUUGGAAGACAUACAAAUAACAACUACAAAUAUUUUUCUUGGAUUUGUCUUCUUUUCCAGCUCUAUAGCAUCGCCAGUAAUCAACUGUGGUUCCGGUUGGACGUACGGCAAUCAUUUAUCAGGAAAGGGAUGUUUGAGGAAAUUAUCCAGUGACUUCAGUCAAAGAACAUGUCUUCUGAAUGGUUACCACAUCACAUUAACACAAGUACCUUGGGGAGAAGUUAGGAGGAGGGAUAAGUUCUGUGUCCGAGAUGAACAUUUAACAUAUGAAGAGGUUACCACUGAAUCCCCUGCUAUGAUAGAUGGUAUUAAUACUGAUGACUUGAAAUUUGAUGUGAAAGGUGAAAUUGAAGACUCAAAACACGGACUCGCCAAAGCCAUGGGAUGUUGUUUAGAUGGCGUGCAACCUUCAGGAUAGCUAUUUUUCAACCAACAACAAUGAUCUAUUGAAAUGAAAUAACAACACCCGUUUUGCCUUGAUAUUUUUCACCGUACAUUGUAUAUAAUCAAACCAUGCUCAAACAGCACAUAGUAUGUGAAUUCUACAAACCUUUGUAUCAUUCAUGUCUAGUUUGUCCAACUGACUGUCCGCUAGCAGUCUUUUACAUUUUACAUUUUACAUCAUGUUUCAUAUAUUUGUAAAUAUGUCAAUUUUUGUUUCUAAUUCAUUUUUAAACGAAGGUUGAUAA